AUGAAAUUUGGUGAACAUUUAAGAAAAGCGUUAAUUAAAAAUUAUUCAUUUUAUUAUAUAUCAUAUGAUGAUUUAAAACAUCAAUUGAAAAAAGGUUUAAAAGAUAAUGAUUAUAUAUGGAAUAAUGAAUUAGAAGAAGAUUUUUUAAAUCAAUUAGAAAUUGAAUUAGAUAAAGUUUAUUCAUUUACAAAAGUUAAAAAUACUGAAGUUAAUAGAAGAAUUAAAGAAAGUGAAAAAUAUGUUCAUGAAGUUGUUAAUUCUUUACAUAGAUAUCAAAAUAAUGAUCCAUUAGUUCAAAAUCCUCCACAAGAACAAGAUUUUGAAGAUUUAGAAGAAGAAUUAUCUGAUAUUAUUGCUGAUGUUCAUGAUUUAGCUAAAUUUACAAGAUUAAAUUAUACUGGAUUUCAAAAAAUUAUUAAAAAACAUGAUAAAACAACUCAUUUUCAUUUGAAACCUGUUUUCCAAGCAAGAUUAAAUUCAAAACCUUUUUAUAAAGAUAAUUAUGAUAAUUUAAUUGUUAAAUUAUCUAAAUUAUAUGAUUUAGUUAGAACAAGAGGUAAUCCAAUAAAAGGUGAUUCAUCAGCUGGUGGUUCUCAACAAAAUUUUGUUAGACAAACUACAAAAUAUUGGGUUCAUCCAGAUAAUAUUACUGAAUUAAAAUUAAUUAUAUUGAAACAUUUACCUGUUUUGGUUUUUAAUGCUGAUAAAGAAUUUGAACCUGAAGAUUCUGCUAUUACUUCUAUUUAUUUUGAUAAUAAAGAUAUGGAUUUAUAUUAUGGUAGAUUGAGAAAAGAUGAAGGUGCAGAAGCUAUUAGAUUAAGAUGGUAUGGUGGUAUGAAAAGUGAUCAAAUUUUUGUUGAAAGAAAAACUCAUAGAGAAGAUUGGACUGGUGAAAAAUCAGUCAAAGCAAGAUUUUGUUUAAAGGAGAAAAAAGUUAAUUCUUUUUUAACAGGAGAUUUAAAAGCAAGUGAAGUAUUUGAUAAAAUGAGAAAAGAAGGUAAAAAAUCACCACAAGAAAUUGAAAAUUUAGAAAGAUUAGCUCAAGAAGUUCAAUAUAGAAUUUUAAAAGAAAAAUAUAGACCAGUUAUGAGAUCUUUUUAUAAUAGAACAGCUUUCCAAUUACCUGGUGAUGCAAGAGUUAGAAUUUCUUUAGAUACUGAGUUAACAAUGGUUAGAGAAGAUGAUUUUGAUGGAUAUGAUAGAACUCACAAUAAUUGGAGAAGAACUGAUAUUGGAGUUGAUUAUCCAUUUCCUCAAUUAAGUGAAAAAGAUGUUUGUAGAUUUCCUUAUGCUGUUUUAGAAGUUAAAUUACAAACUCAAUUAGGUCAAGAACCACCAGCUUGGAUUAGAGAAUUAAUUAGUUCUCAUUUAGUUGAAGCAGUACCAAAAUUUUCAAAAUUUAUACAUGGUGGUGCUACUUUAUUAACUGAUUAUGUUGAUUUAUUACCAUUUUGGUAUACUCAAAUGGAUGUUGAUAUUAGAAAACCAAAAAUCAUUGAAGAAUAUGGUAUUCAACGACAUCAAAAUCAACAACAAAGUAGAUUGGGUUCAAGUACAAGUGGUAAUGAAUUAGAUGAAGAAGAAUUUACCGGAAGUUCAUAUACUGGUGUACAUUUCUCAAAUGAUACAAAUCCAUUAGAAGAUGAUUUAGAUGAACAAACUCCUUUAUUAUUACCAUCUACAUAUACUUCAAGAACUUCAAAUUCACCAAUUAAAAAUUUCUUUUAUCAUUUAUAUGGACAAUUUUUACAUUAUUUUAAUGAUGAUAGAACAUUUACUGUAAAAGCAGGUACAAAUUAUGAUUUAAAUUCAACUUUUAAAGAUAAAUUACCAAAAGGUAAAACUAUUUGUGUUCCAAUUAGAAUUGAACCAAAAGUUUAUUUUGCUAAUGAAAGAACUUUUUUAAGCUGGAUUAGUAUUGGAAUGUUAUUAGGAUUUACUGCUACAACUUUAUUAAAUUAUGGUACAAAUUCUGCAUUAACUGCAAGUAUUGGAUUUUUUAUAACUGCUUUAUUUACUUUAUCUUAUGCUAUUUAUAGAUAUAUUUGGAGAGUUAUUAACAUUAGAGAGAAAAAUCCAGUUGCUUAUGGUGAUAAAAUUGGUCCAAAUAUGAUUUGUUUAUUUUUGUUUUUAAGUACUUUUACUACUUUUAUUUUUAAAUUUUUAGAAUAA